UAAAAUCACCUUGUAAACAAACGUCAUCCACAUCUGACAUAUCUUACAAGAGUUUGCAUUCCGUCACAUCUGACAAUUCGCCUCUAUGGGGUUUUCUCGCCGGCAAUAAGAUUUCUGGAUUUCUUUCAGAAUGGAAGUGGAUAAAGUGAAUGUGUUGAGUAAUGAAAAAUACAGUGAGGUAGUGAAGUUCAUUGGCAAGUUUAAGGGCUUGCCAAUCAACUGUGACUUGGAAUUGAAGAAGGUGUUUAAGGACAUCGAUGAAAACACUCUGAGCAGUAUCCUCUACUCAGAAUGGAACCAUAAAAUCAAAGCUCAGUUUCAUAAAAUCCAAGCAAUCGCACCAAAAAUGCUGAAAAGGUUUGAAGAUGCUGCAAACAAAAAAUUCGAUGACAAAAUUUUGGUGAAUAUGUCGAUACAAUGCGGUCUAUCACCAACGAUUUUAAGUCGGUUGAUAAUCAAUGAAAAGUACCCAAAUUUACCAAAAAAUAAAAUCUUAGAAAUGAUAAAAAAUCCAUAUACGAUUCCUGACGAUUGUUUGGCAGCUAACGCCCGAGCUUGCUCAUUUUGUGAUAACCAAGAUGGUCCAAUAGUAGACGUGAUACGGCGUUGUGUGGGCGAAGAAUAUGAACAGAAGCUCAAAAAUAUGGCUUCGGAAGCAGGCAUGGUUUUCUAUGAUGAAGGGGACUUGAGAAGAGUUGGAUUCGAUAAAACCCCAGAUUUGAAGUUGGCCUUACCGUGUCUUUACAAGGAGAAAGUUGUGAAUUGGAUUGAAAGUAAGGCUUUAUUCGGGGAUCUGCGAACACAUAGAAGAUAUCUGAGAGAACAGUUGACGAGCUACUGCAAUAGAUUUGGACCAGGGAUUGUUAUCUAUUGGUUUGGAUAUUUAGAAGACAUCAAAUAUCUGAGUGAAAACAGUAACGGUUUAAUCAUAAUCAACACAUUUCCAGAUAAGACUGAAUUAGAAUUUUUGAAAAUUGAUAUUUAAAUGAAUUUUAGCUAAAUUGUUGUAAUAUAAGAUUAUUGUUGAAAAAAAUCUCAUUUAUAUAUAUGAACUCGUUAUAAGUAAAUUGAAAGUAUCAUUAUCA